GUAGCGGGACAUGCUGGAUAACUGGUCGGUUUGAUAACAAUCGAGAUGAAGGAAACAAUCGUAUUAGUGCUGGCGCUUCUUGCAGUGGCUUCUAUUCGAUGCUCCGAACUUGGGAAGGAUGGCUUCAAUUAUUAUAAAGAUUAUUUACGCGCGCGAUCUGAUGAGGCGAUGCUGGAGGGGCCUUCGCCAGGCGAAAGGAUGCUUUAUUUCUACCGCACCCCGCUGCAGCUAUAUCCGGGGCUGCUGCCGGCGAUCGAGCAGGAGUACAGGAAGAGGACCGGCAACGUCUUCAAGAAUCACAUGCUGAGUAAAGAAUUACUUGGACAGGAUGAGAAGAGGAGUUCGAAAACUGCUCUCUCCAUGAUGCUGCAGGGGAAGCAGGAUCCUUACUAUGCACUCAAAACUCCACGUGAAGACUUCGUAGAUUUACCAAGAGUAGAUAUUAAUUAAACUAAUUCUGCGUUCUGCGAUGUACAUGUUAUUUGUUUAGGGUCUUAGAAUGCUGAAACUUUUAGCUUUAAAAUAAGACAUGUUACUACAUUAUUCAAUAAGGCGAAAUAUUUAAAAUGUAAAAAUUAUUAUUUCUUAAAGACAUUAA